AUGCCGCCGAUGGCGACCACGACGGCGACGGCGGCUGCGGCCGACUCCGCGGCGCGCCGCUUCGCCUCGGCCUGCGGCGUGCUCAGCCAGUACGUCAGGGCGUCCGGCGUCUCGGCGCCCGGCGUGCUGGGGGCCGCCCUCCAGGAGCCCGGCUCGCCGGCGGACGGGGCGCAGGAGCUGACCAUCUUCUACGGGGGGAGGGUGGUGGUGCUCGACGGCUGCACGCCGGCCAGGGCCGCCGAGCUGAUCCGGUUCGCCGCCGCGGCGGCGGCGGCCUCGCAGGGAGCGCCCGUCGCACAGCCGCCCGCGCCGGCGUUCGUCGACAUGCCGAUCGCGAGGAAGGCGUCGCUGCAGCGGUUCCUGUCGAAGCGCAAGGACAGGUCCGCCGGCGCCGCCCCCGCCCCCGCCCCCGAGGGUCCGCCGUACGCGCAUCAUGAGGAGGAGCCGGCGCCGCCAAAGAAGAAGGGCAAGACGGAGGCUUCUUCCUGGCUUGCCCUGGGUAGCUUAGGGGACAUGCACGCGCCGUGA